GCUGACACUGAUAUUGCUACUGAGACUGAUACUGGUGUUGCUACAAAUAUGCAUAUCAACGAUUCUGCCGUUUCAUUGUCUCCACCUUCUGCUACUCCUACACAACAACAACAGCAGCUGCAACAGCCGCUGCAGCAGCAAGAGUACGACAACAUCGGAACUCGAUACAAAUCUCUGGAAGAUUCGCCUCUCGGUGCAAUAGACUUUGCUACGACCAGGAAAGCUCUGGGAAAUGUCAAAGGAUUGAAAGUGCUGGAUUUGGCUUGUGGUAUCGGGAGAUGGGCGAGGUGGUGUGUUGAGCAUGGAGACGCAGAGAGGGUGGUGGGAAUUGACAUUUCGAAGACUAUGGUAGAAGGCGCGAACGAGAUGAAGACGAAUUUGACAGAUGAGAGGUUGAAGGAGAGGUUGGAGUUUCGUGUGGGGGACUGUAGUGUGCCUCUGAGUGAGGAAGAGGGAGGAAGAGGCUUUGAUCUGGUGCUGGGGUCUUGGUAUCUGAGUUGCGCACCCAACCGCUCCACCCUGGUCACGAUGUUUCGCAACAUUUUCAAUAAUCUCAAACCUGGCGGACGCUUCAUUGGUGUGGUUCCCAACUCCUUCUGUCCCAUGUACGAGCCAUAUGAGUACUACGAUCUUCGUAUGUCACCACUGGAGGAAGUCGAGCCGGGAGCGUGGAAGUGCAAGUUUGAGUAUCUGCCAGACGAAAAUGUGGUGUUUGAGACAUAUGCUCGCGUACACUCUCUGUAUGAAGAGGCUGCAGAAGAAGCGGAGGCAGGGAUGAGAAGAAAUAUCAGAUGGAUACCAUAUAUCUUGCCUCCAGGUGAUGAUCGGGAAGACAGUGGCUAUUGGGAUGCGUGGAAGUUGAGGCCGCACUCUGUUGUUAUCGAGUGUGUGAGACCCAGGUUAUAG